CGAGUGGGGGUGAUCCACGCCAUGGGCUCCGCCGGGUUCUCUAGGGUCAGUCGUGCGUCUGACGGGCGUCCGCUGAGCGCCGGCUGUGUUCGCUGAGCCGUGGGAGACGUCCGGAGAACGAGAGCCCGAGGAGGAGCCUGUUACCGCAACGCGGGUCUGAGCCGUUCGCCGCAGAGGCCAAUACUGAGACGCGGGUCUGUGUACACCAAUGGCGCCCACUUUGGAAGGAAGGGAUGACGCUCUGCUGCCGGACUUCCCCAAGGGGCCCCUCCAGGCCUACCGAGCCCGAGCGUCCUUCAGCUGGAAGGAGCUGCUGCUCUUCUUGGAAGGCGAGGAGACGGUCCGCUUUAAGAGAACAGUCUUCUCAGCCCUCGAGAAUGACCCGCUCUUUGCCCAGCGCGGCAGAGCCGACCUGCCUCUGGAGAGGUACCGCGAGCUGACCUUCCUGCGUUGCAAGCGGGUCUUCGAGUACAACUUCCUGAGUGCAGAGGAGAUGCUGCAGAUGCCCCAGAAAGUCUCGGCGCUCGUCAACUGCCUGGGCAUGUACGACUGGUCUUUAGCUGUCAAGUACUCUCUACACAUGCUGAUUUUCUCCUCAGCCAUCUACAGCUUGGGCUCUGAAAGACACUUCAAGUACAUCGCGAAGAUCUUCAGCAUGGAGAUCUUCGGAUGCUUUGCUCUGACUGAGCUGAGUCACGGCAGUAACACCAAGGCCAUCCGGACGACGGCGCACUAUGACCCCAGCUCCGAGGAAUUCAUCAUACAUUCCCCUGACUUCGAAGCGUCCAAAUUUUGGGUUGGCAACAUGGGGAAGACAGCUACUCAUGCGGUGGUGUUUGCUCAGCUGCACACGCCAGGGGGCCAGUGCCACGGGCUGCAUGCCUUUAUCGUGCAGAUCCGGGACCCGAAGACCCUGCUCCCCAUGCCAGGGGUGAUGGUUGGCGACAUCGGCAGGAAGCUCGGGCAGAACGGGCUGGAUAAUGGCUUCGCCAUGUUCCACAAGGUUCGGAUUUCUCGUCAGGACCUUCUGAACGGCGUGGGGGACGUCACCCCCGAGGGCACCUACGUCACUCCGUUUAAGGAUGACAGGCAGCGCUUCGGUGCCUCCCUGGGCGGCUUGUCCUUUGGCCGCAUCAGCAUCAUGGGCAUGUCCAUCGUCAACUUGAAGCUGGCCCUGUGCAUCGCGAUCCGAUUCUCGGCUACUCGGCGCCAGUUUGGACCGGCCAAUGCAGAGGAAAUACCCAUCCUCGAGUAUCAGACGCAGCAAUGGCGCCUGCUUCCGUACCUGGCGGCAGCCUACGCCUUAGACCAUUUCUGCAAGUCUCUCUUUCUGGACCUGGUGGAGCUCCAGCAAGGCCUGAAAACUGGGGACCGGAGUGCCAGACAGGCAGAGCUCGGGCGGGAGAUCCAUGCCUUGGCAUCGGCUGGCAAGCCCCUGGCCUCGUGGACGGCCCAGCAAGGAAUCCAGGAAUGCCGGGAGGCGUGCGGGGGACACGGAUAUCUGGCCAUGAACCGCCUGGGCGACCUCCGGGAUGACAACGAUCCCAACUGCACGUAUGAGGGAGACAACAAUGUCCUACUGCAGCAGACCAGCAACUACCUGCUCGGCCUCCUGGAGGCCGGGGCCCGAGAUGGAGCUCGCUUUGAAAGCCCCGUGAAGACAGUAGACUUCCUAGAAGCCUACCCGGACAUCCUCGGCCAGAGAUUCACCUGCCCCAGCGCGGGAGACAGCUGGGACUCCUUGGCCCCCCUGGCGGCGUACAAGUGGCUGAUCUGCUACCUGCUGCGAGAGAGUGACCGAAAACUGAACCACGAGAGGAGCUCGGGAAGCAGUGACUUUGACGCAAGGAACAACGCUCAGGUGUACCACUGCCGCACCCUGGCCCUGGCCUUCAUGGAGUUCACCGUGGCACAGCGGUUUCACGACUUCACACACCACCCCAGCGUGCCACCCCCGCUGCGAGGCGUGCUGGGCCGGCUCAGCGCGCUGUACACCCUGUGGUCCCUGAGCUCGCACGUGGCUUCUCUCUACCAAGGCGGCUACUUCUCCGGGGAGCACGCGGGUAAAAUGAUGGAGGCCGCCAUCUUGGACCUGUGUUCCCAGCUGAAGGACGACGCGGUUGCCCUGGUGGACGUGCUCGCCCCUCCCGACUUCGUCCUGGACGCGCCGAUUGGCAAGGCCGAUGGCGAGGUCUACCAGAACCUCUGGGCCGCCGUCCUUCAGGAGAGCCAGGUGCUCGAGCGGGCCUCCUGGUGGCCUGAGUUUUCUAUCAAGAAGCCGGUCAUCGGGAGUUUGAAACCAAAGCUGUAGGGGAGCCAGCAUGCGUCCGGUCAAACUGCUGAUGGAGGUGCUUUCUGGAUGCUCCCUGCCUUUACACCGGCCGCGUGUCCCCUCGCACCCCGACUUGUGUGCCCUGGGGCGGGGUCACACUUGGCAGCACGUUCUCUGGUGAUCAUGGCUCCCCGUGAAAAGAAACUUCAAAGAUCAAAUAGACUGUGUCGUCUUCUAAUUUUUUAAAGUUGUUUAUAAUCAGAACUUUUCUAAGAAACAGAUGAAAUCUUCUGAUGGACUAUGUUUUUUUGAUAAUUAGAGCUUUGCAUCUUCUAAGAAAAAAACUUCAAAGAUGGAGUCGUCGUGAUGGACUGUUGGGUUGAUUUUGAGAAUCAGAACUUCGCAUGUUUUACUUUCAGGCACAGAUAACUGGCUGUAAAGUAGGCUGCCCACAUUUAGGGAUUUUCUACCAGAGGAUCUUUUGAAUUCAUCCAAGCAUUUUCCGAGGCUCUGCCGCCCCCAGGACUAAUGAUACCACUGUGGUCCUUUGAACACCGGCCUCAUCCCACCGCAGGAGGCCCCCUCUCUGGGCCGCACAGUCAACGCGGGCCUCCCCCGGGAGCCUGUGCGGCCCCACCUUGGCACGUGGCCCCUCCAGUCUCCCUCCCCGAGGGCACAGGCACCAGUAAUAAACCUGGGGAGUGCCGGCUGCUGGCCCCUGAGCGCCCCUGGGGGGACCCUGUGGGUGUCCACCA